GUUAUCAACGUAAGCGGUGUUAUCAGUGGCGGCGUAAAAGUGUCAAGGGCCGCCGCCGUAGCACCGCUUGCCGUCGCUGACCUGCUUCUCGCGUCCCAAAUGUAAUCCGCCCAGCCCGUCCUCGCCCCGUCGACCUUCGGUUCUAUGCGUUAUCGCCGUAGAUCUAUUGCCGGAAAGGUCUACGGGUCACCUGCAGGACCCGUCGCUGUUUCCUGUUCCACGGUCCACAGCAGCCUUAAUCCUAGUCCAGAUUCGACUGAACACAACGCGCGCGCCUGAAGCCGUUACCCGUCACUGUAACCCAUCGUUCAUGGGGAACCUGUUCGCAAAGCCUUACCAUGACUUCAAUAUUAGUAGAGAGUUGUCACUGCAAGAUUUUAAAUUGCUGGAACAUAAGGAAGCAAGGGUUGAUCAAGUGCAAGUACAAGGGUAUUCAAAAACAAAAGACUUUAUUAUUCAAUCUUCAAUCAACCUAAUGUUUUCAUCAAAUUCGUUUAAUAAUAUUAUAAAAAAUGCCGAAAUUGUUCGUAAAAACUUAAUGAGCUUAAACUGUUUUGAAAAUAUUAGUAUUAAUAUAGAUGUAAGUAGUGGAUCAAAUUCAACUCCUAAUGGAUAUAAGGUUAUUUUUAAUACUCAAGAAUUAAAAUGUGCUUCAACUAUACUUCAUUCUAUAGCAAGAGAUAAUGAAGGUUUUGUAAAACUGGGUUUUAAACUUAACAAUUUAACCGGUCAUGCAAAUCAUUUUAAAAUUGAAUCAUCACUCGGUAACAGUGGUACUCAAAAAUUUGAUGCUUGUAUUUCUAGGCAUAUUCCAGGAAGCAUAUCUUCAUGCGCUUCCGGACAUAUAUUUAGAAAAAAAUCAUAUUGGAAUGCGGUGCAUGGUGUUUUCAAUGAAUGGGGAACUCUGUUCGAUUUACAAUUCCUUGCUUCUUAUAAAAGUCAUUUCAGUCAAAAUCUACAGUUUGAAGGUGUGAUACGUGAUAUUAACAUGUUAUCUAAAAAUAGUCCAUUUAGACUACGAGAAGAAUCUGGUGUCUCAGUCAAAUCUUCUAUUAAACAUAUAACUACAAUUGACACAAGAGAUUCCAAGGUUCUUGCGAAUGAAGGUGCGUUCCUCCAAAUGGUCAUGGAAGUUGCAGGUUUUGGUGGCGAUGUUAAAUUUUUGAGAAAUUAUUUCACUAGUCAAUUUUAUUCAAAAAUUAGUAAAGAUGUUGUUUUUCAAGGAUCAAUAGGUGGAGGUUUCAUUACCGAUUUAGGAACAUUUAAAAAAGUAAAUAUGAUGGAUAGAUUUUUCCUUGGUGGACCUAUGACGUUACGUGGUUUUGAGUCUCGUGGGAUUGGUAAUCUUAAUAAUAAUAUGGCUGGUGUAACGAGUUAUUGGGUGUCUGCUAUCCAUAUAUAUGUAAAACCUCUUUUCGGCAUGGAAAGUAACCGUAUUAAUGAAGCAUUCAGGCUACACUUAUUCUGCAAUGCUGGAAACAUAUCAUUUUUUGAUGAAGAUAUUAAGACUAAUUUCAGAAAAAUAUUUAAAGACUACAGACUAUCUGCCGGCGUUGGAUUAGUUGCUCGUGUUGGUAAUUCCAUAAGAUUUGAGUUUAACUUAUGUACACCAUUUCAAUACACAACUGGUGAUAGAAUAGUCGAUGGCUUCCAAUUUGGAGUUGGAGCAAACUUUAUUUAAAACAUUCAAAGAGAAUCUCUAUUUAUGUUAGUUACCUUAUAAUUUUAUUGUUAUUAUUAUUGUUUAACCUGAAAGAAGUAUGAAAAGUUAAUUUAGAUUUAAUUUAUGAAAAUGUUUAUUAAAUUUAAUUAAUCAGAAAUAUCAGUAUUAAAUUAAUUGUACU